AACUUACAUUACACAGAAAUGAAUGUCCCCUAUAGGUGUGUGUUCCUGUAGCCAGAGUAAAUGAAGAAGCUGAAAGAAGAAUUCCACUCCUCAUAAAAAGAAAAAUUUGAAAGGAAAAUUAUACACACACUAAUUUCAAAACUUUCUUCUCAACAAGUGUCAAUUCAACAUAGAGGGUGGAUAUGAUUGAGGAUAACCACUCCUUGACAACUGAAUUUAUCCUCAUAGGAUUUAGUAAUCACCCAGAGCUGAGGACCAUUCUGUUUCUCGUGUUCCUUACCAUCUACCUGAUCACCAUGGUGGGAAACCUUGGUCUGGUGGCACUGAUACUUCUAGAGCGUCGUCUUCACACACCAAUGUACAUUUUUCUGGGUAACCUUGCUCUGAUGGAUUCCUGUUGUUCCAGUGCCAUCACCCCCAAGAUGCUACAGAACUUCUUUUCCAAGGACAGAAUCAUUUCCCUCUAUGAAUGCAUGGCACAAUUUUAUUUUCUCUGCCUAGCUGAAACUGCAGACUGCUUUCUCCUGGCAGCAAUGGCCUAUGAUCGCUAUGUGGCCAUCUGCAACCCACUGGAAUACCACACCAUGAUGUCUAACAAACUCUGCCUUCAAAUGACCACAGGUGCCUACAUAGCUGGAAACAUGCAUCCCAUGAUUCAUACAGGGUUUCUCUUUAGGUUAACUUUCUGUAAGUUUAAUCAAAUUAAUCACUUUUUUUGUGAUGUUCUUCCAUUAUUCAGACUCUCCUGUGUUGACCCUUACAUCAAUCAAUUGAUGGUAUUUAUAUUCGCUGGGUCAGUUUUAAUCCUCACUAUUACCGUAGUAAUAAUCUCUUACCUUUUCAUCCUUUUCACAAUUUUCACAAUGAAAUCCAACAAAAGCAGAGGCAAAGCCUUAUCUACUUGUGCAUCCCACUUUCUCUCUGUCUCCAUAUUCUAUGGUUCUCUUAUCUUCAUGUAUGUUCGGCCAAAUUCAGGUAAUAAAGGAGACAAAGAUAUACCUGUUGCUAUUUUUUAUACUCUCGUGAUUCCUUUACUAAACCCUUUUAUUUAUAGUCUAAGAAAUAAGGAAGUAAUAAAUGUUACCAAAAAAAUUUUGAAGAUACUCACAAAGUCAUUUUAUGAAGCCACUCUCACACUGGUGCCAACCACCUCUUGUAUGGGCAAAAGGCAGCAGGGAGCUAAGUGCAACAUGGCACCUCUUGUGCGAAUUAUAGGUAAUGGGGACAAACCACAGCAAUCAUCUCAGAAACCAGAGGGUGGGGGUCAUGGCCCCCAACAACUAGAGGUCUGUAAUCAGGCUCCACCUGCAGACCCAGUCACCUCAGUGGUCAGCAAAAAGAGGGCAUCAGGACUGAGUACCACACAUUGUUACUCUCACUCACCUGGGAACACACCUGCCCUGCUGAUGUCUCUACCAAAUACUAUGGGCAGUGCCCACACAUGA